AUGUCUUCUUUAACCAACACAAAGACGGGCUUUUCAGUAAAAGACAUUUUAGACUUGCCUGAUACCAAUGAUGAAGAAGGAUCCAUUGCUGAAGGGGCGGAUGAAGACGCAGAGGGGACGGAGCCCCCCAAGAAAUCUGGGGGGUUAGGACAGAGCACCAUAGACGCUGUGCAAGGACUGCCUUUGAAAAACCCUUCUAUGACAAUAGCGAUAAUCCUUACACACGGUGGCUGGCUACUACCGAGAGUAUACAGUAUUCCUUACACGGGUUUGCAUCCAGCAACUCCCAGCAGGACUCCUCGCCCAAAUCCCCCGAACCUUCUGCCGAUGAAUCCCCAGACAACGAUAAGGAGACCUCCAGCAGCGCAGACUCUGGGAAGAAGAGGAAGAGACGGGUGCUGUUCUCCAAGGCUCAGACUUAUGAAUUGGAGAGGAGGUUUAGGCAGCAGAGGUACCUUUCAGCACCAGAGAGAGAGCACCUGGCCAGCCUGAUCCGACUCACCCCCACCCAGGUGAAGAUCUGGUUCCAGAACCACAGGUACAAGAUGAAGAGGGCUCGGGCAGAGAAAGGUAUGGAAGUCACUCCUCUCCCCUCCCCUAGACGGGUGGCAGUGCCAGUCUUAGUAAGAGAUGGUAAACCAUGCCACACGCUCAAAGCUCAGGACUUAGCAGCCACUUUCCCCGCUGGCAUCCCCUUCUCAGCAUAUAGCGCCCAGUCAUUACAGCAUAUGCAAUAUAACGCCCAGUACAGCUCUGCCAGUAAUCCCCAAUACCCAACAGCCCAUCAUUUGGUGCCAGCCCAACAGUGGACUUGGUGA